AAUGCCAUGCUAGAGAUGAGACAAGUUGAAGGAUUCUUGUUCUCUGCCCUCUUCGUUGUCCUCCUCGUCCCUUGGAGCCAUUUCGCUACUGCUCAAGAAGUUGAGGAUGAGAGAGAGUUCAGCUACGUGGUAGGGAGCCCAGAUGGUCCUGAACACUGGGGAGAGAUACACCAGGAAUGGGCUCUGUGCAACAACGGAGACAUGCAGUCCCCCAUCGACCUCUUACACGAGAGGGUCCAUGUCGUCCCUGGACUAGGCAGAAUCCAGAGGAGUUAUAGGGCGUCCAAUGCAACGCUGAGGAAUCGCGGCCAUGACAUCAUGUUGGAAUGGGAGGAAGGAGCAGGAACGAUUCACAUCAACGGCACCGAUUAUGAGCUUCGACAGUGCCAUUGGCACUCACCAUCCGAGCAUAGUAUUAACGGGAAGAGAUUUGCAAUGGAACUGCAUAUGGUGCAUGUAUCAGCAGACCAACGUGUAGCUGUAGUUGGCAUCAUGUACACAAUUGGACGACCAGACACUUUCCUCUCGGAGCUAAUGGAAGAUAUCGAAGAAAUAGCAGAUAUAAGAGAAGGGGAGAGAGCAGUGGGUCUUAUGGAUCCAAGGCACAUCGAAUUAGGAAGUAGGAAGUAUUACAGAUACAUGGGCUCUCUGACCACCCCACCUUGUGAUCAAGGUGUUGUUUGGACCAUCAGUGGGAAGAUAAGAACUGUAUCGAAGGAGCAAACGGCUUUGCUGAGACAGGCCGUGCAUGAUGAAGCAGAGGAAAACGCAAGGCCAAUUCAGCCAAUUAAUGGUCGGGAGAUCCAAUUUUACACUCCUUGGGACCGUAAAAAUGUUGAAAUCCAUCCGUAGAGAUUUCUUUACGGUGGCUGCUGAGAUAUUGAUAACCAUUUGAAGUUCCAUGAAGAGGUCAAGAAAAGCAACUGUUGGUAGAGUUAUACAACUUUUGCACACAGAAACAAGUGUGCAGAGAAAAGUUCUCAGCUACAAGACUUAGGUGGGAGUAACUAGUGGCUUCCACUGGGGCAUAUAAUCAUGCCGUCCAAGAGGCAAACCCAGAAGAAGCUAAUGAAUAUAGGUUUUUGAAGGUAGAGCUUGUUGCAUUAAGGUACGUAAUAGCCAUAACAUGUUAUGCAAUUUUCUCCCACCCAAAGAAUCAAGACAUCUUUCCUUAUCGUGUGUGCUCUUGAGCAAGCAACAAUAAAUACUGAACAAUGUCUUCUCUUUCAA